UCUACAAAAUCCACUUUUUUUUCCAACUUUUUCUCCACUGGACCACUAUAUAUUCAUCCUUCAUCCACUACUUCAAAUAAUCCAACUCAAAUACUCAUAACUCAUCAAUCCACUUCUCACAAUUCCUCUCUUUUUUUGUGCAAAAAUACAAAAAAAACCAUGUUACCUUCAACUUCCUUUACUUCUAUUCCUCAACAUAUCAUUACCAACCUUCACUACUCUAGAAGAUUACUACUUCAUAACUCCCCAACUACAAGCCAAGCACCAUCACCAACCUACCAAGUCCUAGACCCGGGUUCGAGCCAUGGCAACAAUGGCUUUGAUGCUAACAUAAUCAUGAUCCUCGCGGUAUUAGUAUGUGCAUUAAUAUGCUCAUUAUGUAUUAAUACCUGCAUUAGGUGUGUGAUCAAGUGCUCAAGUUUGUUAAAUGGAGAGCCUAAUUACUAUCUAAACAUGAUUAAUGACCAUGAUGGUAAGAAGAAAAGUGUUAGUGGUUUGGAUAAAAGGGCAUUGAAGACAUUUCCAAUUGUGAAGUACUCAAAGGAUGUGCAAAUUCAAGGGUUAGGUUCAGAGUGUGUGAUAUGUUUGUCAGAGUUUAAUGGAGGAGAAAAAGUUAGGAUUUUACCAAAAUGUAACCAUGGUUUCCAUGUUAAGUGUAUUGAUAAAUGGCUUAGUUCUCAUUCUUCUUGCCCUACUUGUAGACAAUCUUUAGUUGAAACAUGUCAAAAGAUCAUUGGGUGUGAUCAUGAUCAUCAUCAUACUACUACAUCAUCAUCAGCAGCAUCAUCAACAUCAUCAUCAUCAUCAGCAUCAUCAUCAUCAUCAGCAGCAUCAUUAAGAGAGGUGGUUGUUGUAAGUAUUGUGCCACAUGAAAGGGAAGAUUUAGUGAGAAAUUAUAGGGGUGAAGUUGCUCAAAGUUAGACAAGAUUACUAUCACCUUAAAACAUAGGAGUAGAAUUCUUUUGUAGGUUUCUCCUUUUAUUUUAGAUUUAAAAAACAGGGAGAUUUUUAAGUUUUAUGCUUAAAUUUGGUUUGUUGUACAAGUGAUAGAUAGGAGUAGUUUCUAAUUGUUCUGUUUGCAAGUGUAAAGAAAAGAGCAAUUAAUACAAUUAUCCCUGUUUUUGCCA